AUGAAGACCAGACUAGCCUGCCUGUCCAAUAAGUCCGACUCCUACACCGACUUCACUGAGUUCCUGCCCCCUGCUCAGGACAGGGCCACCAGAUGCCUAAAGUAACUAGACCUUUAUAUCUGAUUACAUGGUGCCAGUCUCUCCCAUUCAGAUAGGAUUGAGGUAUUAUUUCUACCAAAGCUAGGGAUAUGUAAUAGGACUACUAAACAAUAGAUGGUGUAGGGUCUUUUAGAGCAAACCUCUGAAACUGUGAAUAUCUGUGUGUUGAAUUGCCUUCAAAUGCAUAUUUGCAUACACAUUUAAAAACGUGUCUCAGUAUGUCUGUCUUUCCUUUAGGCUGACAAAAGACGAGGUCGUUCGAUGGGCAGAUUCCUUCGAUGUUCUUCUUUCGCACAAGUGUAAGUUAAAUUACGGUCCCUUUUAUAUUAACAAGUAACAGUCGAUCCUUCUCUUUAGAGUUAGAUAUGAGAAAUUGAACCAAAAUAUUUCACCUUUUAUCAACCAACCCUGCAAAAAACCUCUGGGAGUCCAUGUCAUUGUUAGCGAACUGUUAGAAGCAAACCAGGCAACUGUACUGAUUACAUUUUGUCCUCCGUCCCAUUCUGUACUCUUUCUGUUUGUCCCUUUGACAAAAUGAUUGCCUAUGUAUUUCCUUUGAAAAGAGGAUUGUCUUUCUGUUCCCUAUCUGAGGAUGUCUCCCCACAUCAGUCCAUUUCUCUCCCCCUAAACCCUUCUUAUGUAAGAUCCCCUGUCUUUCUGGUUAUUGAUGUGUAGGACUCCUCAAUACACAAUGAGACACACUCUUUGUUGUGACCUUCUCUGUGGAUUACACAAUAACACACAUACAAACACAUGUUCAUGUGCAAAUACACACAUGCAAACACAUGCACAUGUUCACGUGCACACACACACGCACAUGUACACGCAGAAAUAGCUGUGAUAACUAGGCUCUCCACAGGGAGUGGGAAAUUACACCGCACAGAAGAAAAAACAGGCAACUGACCUUGACUUUAGUUGUAUUUAUAUUUGUUUUCAUUUUGCAGUGCAUCAAUUUUUUUUUUUUUUUUUUUCACCUUUAUUUAACCAGGUAAGCCAGUUGAGAACAAGUUCUCAUUUACAACUGCGACCUGGCCAAGAUAAAGCAAAGCAGUGCGAUAAAAACAACACAGAGUUACAUAUGGGGUAAAAAAACAUAAAGUCAAAAAUACAACAGAAAAUAUAUAUACAGUGGUGCAAAUAUAGCAAGUUAUGGAGGUAAAGCAAUAAAUAGGCUAUAGUGCAAAAUAAUUACAAUAGUAUUAACACUGGAAUGCUAGAUGUGCAAGAGAUUAUGUGCAAAUAGAGAUACUGGGGUGCAAAAGAGCAAAAUAAAUAACAAUAUAGGGAUGAGGUAGUUGGGUGGGCUAAUUUCAGAUGGGCUGUGUACAGGUGCAGUGAUCGGUAAGGUGCUCUGACAACUGAUGCUUAAAGUUAGUGAGGGAGAUAAGAGUCUCCAGCUUCAGAGAUUUUUGCAUUUCGUUCCAGUCAUUGGCAGCAGAGAACUGGAAGGAAUGGCGGCCAAAGGAGGUGUUGGCUUUGGGAAUGACCAGUGAGAUAUACCUGCUGGAGCGCAGACUACGGGUGGGUGCUGCUAUGGUGACCAAUGAGCUAAGAUAAGGCGGGGAUUUGCCUAGCAGUGAUUUAUAGAUGGCCUGGAGCCAGUGGGUUUGACGACGAACAUGUAGUGAGGACCAGCCAACAAGAGCGUACAGGUCACAGUGGUGGGUAGUGUAUGGGGCUUUGGAGACAAAACGGAUGGCACUGUGAUAGACUACAUCCAGUUUGCUGAGUAGAGUGUUGGAGGCUAUUUUGUAAAUGACAUUGCCGAAGUCAAGGAUCGGUAGGAUAGUCAGUUUUACGAGGGCAUGUUUGGCAGCAUGAGUGAAGGAGGCUUUGUUGCGAAAUAGGAAGCCGAUUCUAGAUUUAACUUUGGAUUGGAGAUUCUUAAUGUGAGUCUGGAAGGAGAGUUUACAGUCUAACCAGACACCUAGGUAUUUGAACACCACCUUGCUGUUUUUGAAUAACUAGUUGUUCCUGCCAAAACCAGCACCUGGCAGGUUUUGCUCUAGAAAAAGUAGACCUCUAAACCUCUGACUGAUUCUGGCUUCAUAAUUAUCUCAGGCUUUGUUCCUCCAGCGUUCCUGAAAAGCAAACUAAAUGUCUUAAAUGUUCUGUUGUCUUAUCGUGAUGCUCCAUUGUUAGGAUGCCUAAUAGGUCAAUAAAGUCAUUAUAUAAUAUGUUGUCCAAACUAGAGAUACAAACAUGUACGCACAAAUCAAGUCAUAUGGUAGUGUUAAUGUUAAUGGACAUUUGCAUAAACAUUUAAUGUGUGCAUGUCUCAAGUUAGCAUUUGUCCCUAUUGAGUUAAUCAAGCAUAGUAUACAGUAUACUGUAGACCCCACUGCCAACCGUUUAACAGGUGGUGCAGUGUUUAUAACAUAGACAAAUUGGUGUGAACUUGAAUCAUGGUUUGACGUCACAUCCACACAUAUCCUCUUAUGAACCUAGCUGCUUGAAACUCUAGGUUCUGGGUCUACUUGUUCUUCGAAAUGACAAAUAUUAUCUUCAGACACAAGGGGACAAAGGGACAGACUUCUGUAUCCGGCUUCACUGAACAUAAAGGAGUGAAUCAAGAUGCACGCACACACACACAUAACUUUAUAAUUGCAUAAGAGAAACAGAAGCAGUACUAUUUGUUCCCAUGCCUUGGCCACAUUGGCUCUGUCCUCACCUCCUGAUUAAGCACUUAUUGGAUCUAACAGGAGAACACAGUUAUCACAUUCACCUGGCCUAUCAUAUAACCUCAGCCCAUUUGUAUCACAGCUAAUCCUAUUUAUCUGGUUGCCCUUUGCUUCUUGCUGGGUACCUUAGGCUACCUAUCUGUGAUGAUGUGGUUUGUGACUGCUUCUCAUUUCUAUGGGAGUCCAUUUUAUGUGACACAUAUUGUCUGCAUUAUGUGAGACCUUGAAGCUUAACUUAAUAAGUCUCCUUUCAACAUUAAUGUCUAUGUUUUUCAAUAUUUAAUUAUAAUAUUUACGUGUAUGUAAGCUCACUCUAUGUUUCUGCAUUCUGUAAAGAAAAUCGAAAACCCUUUCAGAGUGAGAAAUUUACACUGACCAACAUUUACACAUUAGAAGGCCUUGGCUUGAGUAACACAUCAUAGCCUAUUCCAAAGAGGCUGAUUAAAAAUAAAGCAGCGAGAGAAAAUCUUCCUCCAAUCAAAGGUUCAUUGCCUCAGGGAUCUAUUUUUAUUUUGAACACUGUCUGUUGACAAGGUGUCCUUCUGGUGAUCUUCCUAAAACCAUUCUGUAGUGAGAGUGUGUGACUAAUGUUGGUGAUUGGCCUGAUGGACUAUACUUCUGCUGCUGCUGCUGGGCAAAUGUUAAGCAAAUACAGGCAUGAGAAAAGAGGGAGGGAGGGAGAAAACAUGUCAACAUGACACGGCCGAUUGUAAAACAUGACCUCCCUCCGUGUUAUCAUUGAUGUCGGACAAAUGUAUCUAAUCUUUGAUUGAUGAAAACAGAAAGCUCAUUGGAGGGUUGUAGGACAUAUUUUUAUGUUCUAGCCACAGGGCUGUUUCCUGUGCUGAGAAUGAAAGCACACUCCUCAUCUCAGACAAUAUCAAUGCAUGAUAAUCAACCCUGUUAUUAUAUGUAUCAAGGGAACUACAGGUGCUCUCUGUGGAAAAAAACACAUCAGUUCCACAAAAACUGGCCAUGUUCAGAAAUAGGUGCUGGGAUACAAUAUAGAUCUUUGUAAAGACACACACACUUGCUGUCCGUUAGCUCCUCUAACUGGCUGAUGGAUGUUUUGUGUCGUAGAUGGCCUGGCUGCCUUCCGGGCUUUUCUCAAGACGGAGUUCAGCGACGAGAACAUUGAGUUCUGGAUGGCCUGCGAGGAAUAUAAAAAAAUCAAGACUCCCGCUAAACUGGUGACCAAAGCCAACAACAUCUACAAUGAGUUUAUCAAUGUCAAGGCUCCCAGAGAGGUUUGUGUUCGAUCAGCUGACUAAUGAUACAACUGUGCAGUGUUUCCAGAUUUAUAUGAAAUAUGACCUAUAAUUAAUUACAAUAUGCCCUCACUACUGUAUGUCGCUCUGGAUAAGAGCAUCUGCUAAAUGACUCAAAUGUAAAUGUUCAAUAACUGUCAGCAACAUUUUAACUAACUAUCCCUUAUUCUAAACAUAACCCUAACUGUAAAUUUAGCAGGCAAUUGCUUAUCAACAGAUAGUCAUACUAUCAACAAACUAGCUGUAAAUCAUCUAUUUGGGACCAUCCAAAUAAAGUGUGACCAUAAAGUAUAUUAAAAAGCAGCUUUUCUGUGUUGGAACAGUGUAGAUGUAACAGAAUGGUGUGGGCUUAUACCGGUCUUUAAAAAUAUUAAUGCUCAGCCAUUGAGCCAACAUGACAUCAUGUUCUAUGAGGAAAUAUAAUUUUUUUUAACAGUCUUUUUGAGAUACAAGUUUUAAGUGGACUUUUGAAGUGGGGUUUUUUCUCUCCAAUUUACGCUUUGGUCAUAAAUACGAGUAUAGGACGAGUCAUCAACAUUAUUUGGGUAUGAGUAAACAGAAUAUGAACUAUUAAAAGUUUGUUUUAUACUGGACAGUUACUUUAAAUAUCAAUGCUAAAGGCUGUGUUUGUUUUUAAUCUGGGGUUACUAUGUGUCAGAUAAAAAAAUGUAAUCCACAACCCUGCAAUAUUACACAUAGGUACACAUGAAUACGCAUACUUUGAUUAUAUGGAUUAAAAGUAAUUUUGAUACUGUCUUCAAACAAGUUUUUCAUAUGACAUUGACAUACUUAGAUGAUUCAGAUAUCUAAUGUUUAUUUUGCUCUCCUUUGGUCCCUGUAGGUAAACAUAGACUUCCGUACGCGGGAGGUGACGAGACAGAGCCUUGAGGAGCCCACCCCCUCCAGUCUGAACGAGGUCCAGGCCAGGGUCCACAGCCUCAUGGAGAAAGACUCUUACCCCCGCUUCCUCCGCUCCAAGAUCUACCAGGACUUACUCAAAACG